AUGAUAUCACGAAAAGGACAGAAAGCUAUUAAUGAAGGAGUGGUUGGGAAAUAUGUAAAAAAAGACACUCCUCCAGAUCUACCAAUUAUAAAUGUGUGGACCACGGGCAACAAUAGAAGACCUCGGAGCCAACCAUUUGGAGCAAGCGAUGGCGGUUCCCAGGGUCUAGAAAAUAAGUUUGGUAAAGCUCAAACUAUGAGCGGCCAUGCAGGAAAAUACACACCUAGUGAAUCUGUGCCAAAUUUAGCUCAUAGAUUUGCUAGUCUUUCAACAAGUGAUGCUGCUAGUUCAUCCAGUAAUUAUAAUUCUCAAUAUCAUUUGGACCUGAACAUGGCAUCACACUCAACUCUUAAUGAAGUGGAUGAUUCUUUUAGCAGGCAACCUAGCUACAGAUAUUACAGGCAGCAGCAACCUGAAGAUCCUAUUUAUCAAAAUCAGCAACAGGUGCAGCAACAAAAACAGCAGCAGUACAGCUCCAGGGAAUCAAGUAUGCCUCGGAUUUCAUCAAAUCUUAGCAUAACACCAAGAUUACACCCUCCUUCUCCUCAUUCUAUUCACCUUCAUACUUGUACGGACUCAUACACCACUGUCAGUCAAUCUUCACCAAUAUAUUCCAAUUAUGUCAAUGCAUCUGCCUUACCUUACCACAAUAAGGGCCCAGGCAGUAGCAUCAUCUCUACAAAUCAAGGUUCUGAUGAAUGUGAACUGCCAUUACCGCCAGGGUGGUCCGCUGACCGUACAUUACGUGGACGAAGAUAUUACAUGGACCACAAUACGCAGACAACGCAUUGGACCCAUCCUUUAGAGAGUGUGCCGCAGCCAUGGCAAAGAGUGUCUACGCCACAUCAUGGAGUAUAUUAUUUUAAUGAAAUUACUCACCAAACGACGUACGCGCAUCCUUGCCUGGUUGGAGGUUGUUACUUGGUUAGCCCGCUUGUUCCAACCCUCGUACCGCCUUAUCUUCUAGAGGAGAUACCUCACUGGCUAAUUGUUUAUUCGAAAGCGGAUCAAGAAUUGGAUCAUAAGCUACGUUGGAACAUGUUUCGGCUAAGUGAGCUUGAUUGCUACUCGGAUAUGUUGACACGCCUUUACAAGCAGGAAUUACAGCUUAUUGUCAUGAAGUAUGAGAGAUACAGAUCAGCAUUAUUACAAGAGCUAGAAAGAAGGAGACGGGCCGUUACUUAUCAUGCACAUCAAAACUAC